GCUUUCCAUACCCGCGCCGCCUCUGAGCAGCUGUCUGUGGGGAAGCUGCUGUCAAAGCAGUGCUAGCUUUGCUAGCUGUUUGCCGGCUAGCUGCAACGGGGGAGAAGGAUAAAACGCAAACAAUGGCGGGUGUGCACCCUCAGGACGACCUGCUGAAAAUGACUCACAGGGAAAACUGGAAGGUGCAGCAUGAGCGUCUACACGUGAAGCACAGGGGUCACGAGGCCAUGCACGCCGAGAUGGUGAUGAUCCUCAUCGCCACGCUGGUGGUGGCUCAGAUCGUCCUGGUGCAGUGGAAGCAGCGGCACCACCGGUCCUACAAUCUGGUGACGCUUGUCCAGAUGUGGGUGGUUCCUCUUUACUUCACCAUCAAACUCUACUGGUGGAGGUUUCUGUCCAUGUGGAGCAUGUUCUCCGUCGUCACCAGCUACGUCAUCUUCAGAGCCACUCGCAAGCCGCUGUCCUGCCGGACGCCGAGGAUGGUCUACAAGUGGUUCCUGUUGAUCUACAAGCUGAGCUACGCGGUGGGCGUCCUCGGCUACCUCGCCAUCAUGUUCACCAUGUUUGGCUUCAACGUCUUCUUCAGGAUCAAGGCAGAGGACUCAAUGGACGUCGGUGUGAUCAUGCUCUUUUACGGGCUUUACUACGGCGUCAUGGGCCGAGACUUUGCAGAAAUCUGCUCCGACUACAUGGCUUCCACAAUCGGGUACUACAACAAGGGAGGCAUGCCCAGCAGGAGCCUGACCGACGACAUCUGCGCCGUGUGCGGUCAGAGGAUCCUGGUGGACGUGGAGGAGGAAGGAUUUAUAGAAGACACCUACCAGCUCUCCUGCGGACACAUAUUCCACGAGUUCUGCAUCCGCGGCUGGUGCAUUGUGGGAAAGAAGCAGACGUGUCCGUACUGCAACGAGAAGGUCGACAUGAAGAAGCUGAUGAACAACCCCUGGGAGAAGACGCAUGUCCUGUACGGGCAGCUGCUUGAUUGGCUCAGGUAUCUGGUCGCCUGGCAACCCAUCAUCAUCGGUAUCGUCCAUGGGAUUAACUUCUCCCUGGGCCUGGAAUAGAGCCCUGAGGAACUCCGCCGUAAGUACGUCCUGGAGUCGUGAAAACGUUUGGCAGCAAACUGUCAAAAGUCGGCGCUACAAGGCCCCGAUUCAGGCUGCUUCUGAAGUCUUUUGUUUCCUCGGUACAUGUUUCUUGACUGAACGCUUGCAGUUUCCAGCAGACCGAUCCCAGGUGGUCCCGGGUCUCUGUGUGCAGAGGACACUGUGAUGCCAAAACCGCUGCCAACUUGAACAAAAAAUAAUAAAUUGAGCACAGAUCCAAUGUUUGAUCACGUGAAAACGUUUGACACAAGGAAGACAUGUUUAGUUUGGAACUUAUGGAAAUGUUGCUGUCAUGUAUGUUGUUUUUAUUGUGAUAAAUCAUUGCUUCACUUUGUACUGUAUCCUCAAAAUGCCUUUUUGUUGAACCGUUUAAUAGUUUAUUUGCACACUGCUGGCUCUGCUGACACACCACUAACACGACCGUUCUUUUAAAGAGUUAAUCUGCAGACGACGUGACGGACGAUUCUGUCCAAACAGUUGCGGUACCUUAACUGUUUACAUUUCAUGUAACUUUGUUCAUUACAAAAAAGUUUGAUUUGCAAUGUCUGUUCUGUAAUGUUUUAAUUUUGUAUGAAGCUAAAGUUGAUGCAAAAUGGUCGACUUGUAUUGUAGCAGCUGGAGUCAGAAUGUUAUGUUAUGUUUAUGAAUGAUUUUUGUAGACUUAUCGGCUGAUCCUCCAUGAUGUAAUCUAGACAAGUUACAACAUGUGGGGUAAAGAUCAGAGAGAAAUAGGUAAAGUGUACUUUUGUUUGGAUGGUAUUCUCAAUAAAAAUCAGUUUGAGUGGCUUUUAUUAAAUCCGGGAGAACUUUUCCAUCUGUCAGGAAGAAAGCUUUCUUUUGCCAAAUCAAAUUUAACGUUGCUUUCUUAUCAAGAAUGCUGCUGAUAACCCUUUGUAUUUAUUAAAUAUUUAUAAAACCACA